UCGACCCAACGAUGUCGACACACACACACUGACAUGUCAUACUUAUAACACCUCGAAUUUUUGUGUCGGGUAUUUAAAGAUAAUAAUGAUUGAACAUAAAAUUAAAUAAACAAAUAUAGAUUGACUUCGUUUUAUUAAGACAGAUGAGAAUAUCAUUGCACCACUAAACGAUGGCGUCCGAUAAUAAAAAGAUAAAUUCUGCGUCAUACGAUGAUAACAAAAUGCAAAUACCCAGAUCCAGCGCAAUCCGCGGAUAUCUUCUUAGUUUUAAUAAAACUGUGUCAUUGUGUAGUAUUAUUGACAGUUAAAAAAAUGUUCGUGGGAAUGGAUGUAAUACAUAAAGACUUUCCUUACGAGAUUGAAACAUUGGAUGCGCAUAAAAAUGAAGAGUUAACAGAAUAUAUACGAGGUUAUAAAGAAGAGUUCAUCAGAGUUGGCCCUAAAAAGUACUUUUUCCAGAAAGGAUAUUUAUCGGUAGCUGCAGAUAUUUACAAUUUCCCACUGAGAUCUGAUGAUACUUUCGUUAUUACAUAUCCAAAAUCAGGAACAACUUUGACUCAGGAGUUAGUAUGGUUGAUAUGUAACAAUUUGGAUUACGAGAAGGCCGCAUCGACCAUUCUAAGUAAAAGGUUUCCGUUUUUAGAAGUGUCUGCCUUAGUUCCAGCGGAUAAACUUUCUUAUAUGAAUGAAGAUCAAAAAGAUGUGAUGAAAAAUCGCCUACUGCCGAUUACGAUAAAAGGAAUAACUGAAUUACCCGCACCGAGGUUUAUCAAAAGCCAUAUGCCCUUGUCCUUACUGCCACCGUCACUCUUGGAUAAUGCAAAGGUUGUCUAUAUGACACGGGACCCAAGAGAUGUUGCCGUUUCUUACUAUCAUCAUCAUAAAUUAAUGAAGAUGAUGAAACCUGAUAAAGAAUUCAAACCGUUUUGGAAUUACUUUAUUACGGAUAAUAUGUUUUCGGCGCCUUAUUUUGGGCAUGUUCUAGAAGCUUGGGAGAAAAGGAAUCAUCCCAAUAUGUUAUUUUUAAACUAUGAGGAAGUUGUUAAGGAUUUGCCGGCAGCAGUGGGACGAGUGGCCAACUUUUUUGACAAAACCCUCUCAAAUGAGCAAGUCAACAAACUAGCCCAACAUCUUGAUUUUGACAACUUCAAAAAGAACACGUCCGUCAACUUGGAGACAUUGCAGCAAAGUGGCGUAUUUAGGAGAGAUGGCGCUUUUAUAAGAAAAGGUUAUCCGGAGCAGUUCUAUCGCAUUGGUCCAAAGAAAUUCUUUUUCCAGAAAGCAUUUUUAUUGGAAUUGGCAAAUAUUUACAACCUUUCACUAAGAGAUGACGAUACUUUCAUUGUCACGUAUCCAAAAUCGGGGACAACUUUAACGCAGGAAUUAAUAUGGUUGUUGUGUAACAAUUUAGAUUACGAAAAGGCUCAAUCGAUGGUACUUAAUGAAAGAUUUCCAUUUUUAGAAGUGGCGGCAUUAAUACCUCCGAAUGAACAUUUUACUGAAGAACUAAAAGCAGUAGUCAUAAAAUCUAUAAUUCCAACAACCGUCCAAGAACUGUCCUCGCAGAGAUUUAUCAAAAGCCAUAUGCCGCUGUCACUGCUGCCACCUUUACUAUUGGAUACUGCGAAGGUGGUCUAUGUGGCACGUGAUCCAAGAGAUGUCGCUGUCUCUUUUUAUCAUCAUCACAAAUUGAUGAAGGCGAUGAAAUCUGAUCUGGAAUUUAAACCCUUUUGGAAUUAUUUCAUUUCAAAUAAAAUCAUCUGGGGGCCCUAUUUUGAACAUGUAUUGGAAGCUUGGGACCACAGAAAUAAUCCAAACAUGCUAUUCUUAUUUUACGAGGAUAUGAUAAAGGAUUUGCCAGCAGCGGUUCAUCGUGUGGCAAAUUUUCUUGAUAAAAAACUGUCAGAUAACCAAGUGGACGGACUUGUUCAACACCUUGACAUAGACAACUUUAAGAAAAACAAGUCAGUUAAUAUGGAGGAUAUGCAGAAAUAUGGGAUAUUCUCUAGUGAUGGAGCUUUUAUAAGAAAAGGUAAAUCAGGCGGGUGGCGAGAUUAUUUCGACGCAGAGAUGUCGGCUCAGGCGGACGAGUGGAUCGCGAAACAUCUCCACGACACCGACUUCCGCUUUCCACAUUGUUAAUAUUGAUAGUCACUACGAGACAUGACAGAAAAAAAAAUAUGUUCAUAUACAAAAAUAACCUAAUUCAAAAAUAAUAAAUAGGCAUUGUAACUACGUAUAGAUCUUACCUAUUAGUCCCAGAAUAAAGAACAUACAGAAACCGUGUACACGACUAAUAUGGAAGCAUCAAAAAUCUCUCCACUUUAGCAGUGACUCUCGAACAGGUGGUUAGUCACUUUUUUUCCAUUUGGCAGUUGACAGU